AUGGCUCUGCUCUUCCGCUUUUUGCAGGUUCUCUCCCUCCUGCUGCUCGCCGGCGCUGUCGCCGCUGAGCAUACCUCGAACUGGGCGGUGCUGGUGUCCACCUCGCGAUUCUGGUUCAACUACCGCCAUCUCGCCAAUGUUCUCUCGCUGUACCGGACCGUCAAGCGCCUCGGCAUUCCCGACUCGCAGAUCAUCCUCAUGCUCCCCGACGACAUGGCCUGCAACCCCCGCAACGCCUUCCCGGGCACGGUAUACAGCAAUGCGGACCGCGCCGUUGAUCUUUACGGUGACAACAUCGAGGUGGACUACCGUGGCUAUGAGGUGACCGUGGAGAACUUCAUCCGACUGUUGACGGACCGCCUUGAUGAGGACGUACCGCGCAGUAAGCGCCUGGGCUCGGAUGCUGGUAGUAACGUGCUGGUUUACAUGACUGGGCACGGAGGCGACCAGUUCCUGAAGUUCCAGGACGCCGAGGAAAUCGGGGCGUGGGAUCUGGCGGACGCGUUUGGCCAGAUGUGGGAGAAGAAGCGCUACCACGAACUGCUGUUCAUGAUCGAUACGUGCCAGGCCAACACCAUGUACACCCAUUUCUACUCGCCCAAUAUCGUCGCCACGGGCUCCAGUGAGAUUGACCAGUCCUCAUACUCCCACCACGCGGACAACGAUGUCGGCGUCGCCGUCAUCGACCGCUGGACCUACUAUGUGCUGGAGUUCCUCGAGACCCAAGUGACGAGCGCCACGUCAAAAUUAACCCUGGGCGAUUUGUUUGACUCGUACGAUGAGUCUAAAAUCCACUCGCAACCGGGUGUCCGGUGGGAUCUCUUCCCCGGCGGCGAGCAGGAAGGCCGCCUCCGGACUGUGGUGGACUUCUUCGGCAACGUCCAAAAUGUGGAGGUCGAGAACGCGAAUGCGACAGACCCUGGUUCCCUCAAGGAAGAUCUUGCUGAGAUUGCGCAGCUGGUUGAAAAAUGGCGCAAGCGCGACGAAGAAUACUCUGCUAUUCUUGGCGACUCAUCCAAGAAUCACACUGCGGAUGCGCCCUCAUCUCAUUCCUUGCAUUUGGCCCCAAAGAAAACGGUUGGGCCGACCAAGAUGGCCGAGGACAACAGCUGGAGCAAGCGGCUGGUCGGACUGUCUGUCGUGGGCGCAUGUACCGCCAUCUGGGUCGCAGGGUCUAUCUUAGGUCACUCAUCGGUCUAG